AUGCAAAGAGACACAUAUUACCAAGAUUAUGAUUCCGAAUAUUAUGAUGAUCGAUAUCGGUCGAAUUCAGUGAUUAUUGUCUAUGACCCACCGCAGAUUAAUGUUGUGCCAAAUUAUUCGCGGGCGAUGGUCGCAAAUGUUGAUCCGAAUGAAUAUUAUAACCAAUAUAUGGAUAGCUUACUUGAUACGUCCGAAUUGCUCGAUUGGUGCAAGCGUUUAGGCAUUCCUGAUCACGUGAUUGCUUUUCCAACAUCGAUGGAUUAUGAAUAG